GUGGAUAGUGAACAAAGAGUAUAUGUUCACCAAGAAUCAGCCGGAUAGCAGAGAUAUGAGGGGCUAGAGAUCUUGUUUCAUAUGACCAUCUAUAAAGACUAUUGGCUGAGAGUAUCAUUCCCGAUAUUUGCCUCGUCGGUUGUUGCCAGCCAUCAACAUGGGUACUCAGAUGGACAUUGACUAUGAUCUAUCCGAAGUAGGUAAUAAUCCACCCGAGGCUGAGAAGAAUCUCGAGACUGAGAACAGUCUUCUCAACGCCAAGAAUGAACCCCUCGGACUCAUCAAAUCUGCGGAAGCAAUUGUUGGCAAAAUAAUCCCUCAAUACGAACAUGGAAUCAAAGAUUUCGAGGAACUUCCACCUGAGUUCAUCAAAGUAAACGAUUGUCUACCUCAAACACAAAACGUUCUAAACCAUGCCAUCAAUGAGCUCAAGUGGGACGAAUCAUCGAGUGAGUCCAUUCAGCCCUUGGCUGUAGGACUUGAAUUACAAGUGAAGAAAUUACAAAAUGUAUUCACUCAGGUUGCAAAAGAGACAAAAAGUUCGAAAGAUCAAACCGUCUUAGGAUGUUACAUCACCGUUCUGAGAGGUUUGGAGGACCCCAAGUCACACCAGGUGGAAGUUCUUAUGCGUGGCAUCCUCAAGGACCUUGAUACACUGUUCAACGAAAAGCCACUGAAAUCAGGCUACAGCAAACCUUCUGAGCUGAAGGUUAUCACUGAGAAGAUGUCCAAAGUGAAAUCAUCCGUACAAGAGUCAGAUCUUACAAAAACUGGGCCAAGUAACGUUCAGAAUAACUACGAUAGGUCAACGGGCCAUCAGUAUAACGGCAAUGCAACUAACAUAAAUUCUGGUUCUGGUACUUAUACGAUUAACAAUAACAAUGUUUCGGUUUUUCGUGACAAUGCCACUUGGAAAGGUAUAAACUCACCUCACCACAUCCCAACUCAAACGGAUGAAUGGAAUAUGUCCCCGGAUGGUAAUCUGGCAACAAGCGGCCAGGUUGUAGCCCAUAAUCAACUGCGACGUCGGCAAGAUCAGGCACAUCUCUCGAACUCUCAAGCUAUAAGCGAAGGUAGCGCGAUGAAAAGAGGUCGACCACAUAGUCGAGAAGAUUUCCAAAUCGCAAUCAUCUGCGCGCUGCCACUCGAGUAUGAUGUGGUUUCUCUACUCUUUGACCAAUUUUGGGAUGAAGACGAGUCAUACGGUCGCGCGCGCGGCGACACAAACACGUAUACAACCGGCCGCAUGGGACAAUACGACGUUGUGCUUGUACUUCUUCCCAAUAUGGGGACCAUUGCGGCGGCUGGAGCAGCAGCAAGCUUCAGGUCGAGCUAUUCCAACCUACAACUGGCAUUCCUAGUUGGCAUUUGCGGCGGUGUGCCAUGGAAUAGAGAAGACGAAAUCCACCUCGGUGAUGUCGUAAUCAGCAAAUCCGCUGUUCAGUAUGAUCUGGGCAACCAAUAUCACAAGACGUUUGUGAUUAAAGACACCAUCGAUGAUAGCCUUGGUCGACCAAAUAAGAACAUUCGCAGCCUAGUCAAAAGCUUUGAGACCGAACGUAUCAGAGACCAACUACGGCAAAAGGCGUUAUUAUACUUGAAAGACAUCCAGAGUGCAGCCGCACGGAAGCGACGACGAUUCAACUACCAGUAUCCUGGGACUGCAAAGGACAUGCUUUUUAUAGCAACAUAUCGGCAUAAGCAUAGAGGCUCACAGCCUUGUAAUUUCUGUGAUGCCCAGCCCGAUGGCUUUUGCCAAAAGGCAGCCCAGACAUCUUGUGCCGAACUUGGAUGUGACGAGGCACAGCUGGUGGUUAGAUCGGAUUUGGAGGCAAGAGGCUCACCUGAAGAGCCUGAAAUUUUUAUUGGGCGUAUAGCUUCUGGAAACACGGUGAUGAAGUCUGGUGAGCAUCGAGACAGGAUUGCUGACGAACAAGGCGUAAUUGCUCUUGAGAUGGAGGGGGCAGGUGUCUGGGAUGAGAUUCCUUGUAUUAUUGUCAAGGGCGUGUGUGAUUACGCCGACAGUCACAGAAAUGACUUGUGGCAACGGUAUGCUGCUGCUACGGCUGCUUCGGUUAUGAAGGCUAUACUUGGGCGAUACAUCUUGUCAGAUAGAUGAGAAUACUGCGUCAAUGUAUCUAGAUAUGCGAGGA